AUGACAAGCUAUUCGACCUCCCCGGCGCCUUCGCCAGGUUCACCAGCCUACCGCAAGGGUGUAGCAUUCGGCCAGCCAGGCUGGCGUGCUUCUCGAGCCUCUCGAGGGCGUGCUAGCGGCAUCGACUCGCCAUUGCAAAGAGUCGGAUCGGCGUCAACAUCCAUUCGAGGUGGAACGCCGUCGUCACUGCCAGGCUCUCCUCUCGUCCGCACUGCUCCUCGUCUGAGCAGUCAGCACAUCGCCAGCUCUGCAAGCACUCCAGACCUCGACGGGAACGUUGAGAGCUCAGCGCUAGCUGGACCGCAAGCACCCGAAGAUGGACUCUCAACUCCGCCUCUCGCUGGUCAGACGAAACGAAAGCGCUUCGUCCGCAAACGACCUCUUCUGGAGCGCAUUCAGCAAUGGCCGGUCGACGCAUACGAUCGAGUCACCUCGUACGUCCUCGACAUCGAGGAGCAGCUCUUUGCGGACCAAGCCGGCAACGUCCUUGGCAUCUUUCUCCAUUGCCUCUCUCUAUUCGCCCUCUUGCUGUCUCCCGACUCGACCCUAGGCUCGUGGUUCAUGAACAAGCCCUCCUACCGACGAGCGCAAAACCCCGCCAUCGCCUACGAGUACCUCGUCAGCCACACGGGAGACGAACACGCCAUGGCAGACGCCCUGACGCGCCACUCCCGCAAAAGCGCCGUCUAUCAAGCCUCGGAUCGCUUCUUUCGCUUUGCAUCCAGCGCGCUCUUCCUCGUCAUCUUCAUCACGAGCUGUGCCAACGCCUACCUCUUCUUCACGAAACGAAGAACGUACAAGUUCUACUCGCAACCAAAGGCCAACGAGCCGACCAGCACGAGUGUGCAUUCCAAACACGGCAUUCGGCAGCUGCUAAUGUGGGAUCCGAGCCCGUACACGGCCAAUUUGUUUGCGACGUUCUCGCCUGCGCAUGCGGUGAUCUACCCUGCGGCGGCGCUGAUUCAGAUGGGCGCGCUGUCGUGGGUCGUCUUUGCGUUUCUCAUCUUGGCAGUGUCCGCACCAGUCCACCUCAUCCUGCAUCAGUAUCAGCAGCUCGUCAAGGACAAAGGCGUGGUGCAGGCAGCGGUGCUCACAGAGUACAAUGAGAAGUACGUCUACCCUCGCGCUACACCUGUCGUGCGCGAUCAGACCACUCAGACCGACUACUAG